GCUAGCUGCACAAGCGGGGGGCAUCCCAACUCUCCAUGAGGAGCUCGAGGGUGUCGCCGCCAGGCAGGGCGUGCGCGCGCUGCAGGAGCCAAGCUCCGGCGCCGCGGCCCCUUCCUCCCCGCCGGGGGCAGGGCGCCUCCGACUCGCGGCUGCCGAGUCCCGGAACAACGAGGCGCCGGCUUCUUUAAGGGAGAUACCACCGCUCCAGCGGAGCAGGGGACGGCGUCUUCCCAGAUGAUCGCACCCAGCCCCGCGCCGCCGCCGCCGCUGCCGCCUCGGCAACUGCACCGCCCGCAAACAUGGCUCAGUGACUCUGACAAAAGGUGCAGCCUCCCUCCAGGCGGGGCGGGCGCCAGGCCUCCCAGCUCGGGCUGCGCCUCCCCACAGGUCCGCGGAAGAGGCCCGCUUACCGCAGGCAUCCUAGGCCCGCGCGGAGGAAGAUGCGCCAGGCGUUCCACCCCAGCGACCCCGCACACCUGCCCGCAGCUCGAAACCUUGACCUUGAAGAUGGUGAGUAGCCAGCCAAAGUACGAUCUAAUACGGGAGGUAGGCCGAGGUAGUUACGGUGUUGUAUAUGAAGCAGUCAUCAGAAAGACCUCUGCACGGGUGGCAGUGAAGAAAAUUCGAUGCCAUGCACCUGAAAAUGUUGAACUAGCCCUGCGUGAGUUCUGGGCACUAAGCAGUAUCAAGAGCCAACAUCCAAAUGUGAUUCACUUGGAGGAAUGCAUCCUACAAAAGGAUGGGAUGGUGCAAAAGAUGUCCCACGGCUCUAAUUCUUCCCUUUAUUUACAGCUUGUAGAGACUUCACUAAAGGGAGAAAUUGCCUUUGAUCCCAGAAGCGCCUAUUACUUGUGGUUUGUGAUGGAUUUUUGUGACGGAGGAGAUAUGAAUGAGUAUCUGUUGUCCAGGAAACCCAAUCGUAAAACUAACACCAGCUUCAUGCUUCAGCUGAGCAGUGCCCUGGCUUUCUUGCAUAAAAACCAGAUCAUCCAUCGAGAUCUAAAGCCUGAUAACAUCCUGAUUUCUCAAAGCCGGUUGGAUACCAGUGACUUGGAACCCACACUGAAAGUGGCUGAUUUUGGUCUAAGUAAAGUUUGUUCAGCAUUUGGGCAGAAUCCAGAAGAACCUGUCAGUGUAAACAAGUGUUUCCUUUCCACAGCGUGUGGAACAGAUUUCUACAUGGCUCCUGAAGUGUGGGAGGGACAUUACACAGCAAAAGCUGACAUCUUUGCUCUGGGGAUUAUCAUCUGGGCAAUGCUGGAAAGGAUCACAUUCAUAGACACAGAGACAAAGAAGGAACUCUUGGGGAGUUAUGUAAAACAAGGAACUGAGAUCGUGCCUGUUGGGGAGGCACUUCUGGAAAAUCCCAAAAUGGAACUUCUCAUUCCUGUGAAGAAAAAGUCUAUGAAUGGGCGAAUGAAACAACUGAUUAAGGAAAUGCUGGCUGCAAACCCUCAGGAUCGUCCAGAUGCUUUUGAACUAGAACUCAGAUUAGUACAAAUUGCAUUUAAAGAUAGCAGCUGGGAAACGUGACACAUAUAUUAUUUGCAAAUAUCUUGGAUAAUAUGCUGCUUCUGUUUUAACAGUGAUGCAACAUAAUGUGGCUGAAAAAGCAUAUAAAAAGCUAAACUCCACCUUUUAAGGGUUUAGAUUUUAUUGUGGGAUUUUUUUUUUCCUCAUUUUUCUUAAGUCCAAGCUGGCCAUUUUGUUAAUAUGUUUUAAGUGUGUAUUACCAAUGUGAGUGUAAAUUUUUUUAAAUGAUCAUUGGUAGAAGUUUGGCAGGAAAAUUUUCUAAGAGCCAAGAAAAGAAGAAAGUCCAGUUUUCUGGAAAUAUGUCUCUAAGUAUUUUAGACAUUCCUCGUCAGUAUUAGGAAUUUCCAUGGAAGAAGAGGUUUGCAUGCUGGUAAUGCAACCUUUGGAGCUUUGUAAAGGAAACAUAAAUGUAUAUAUUUAUGUAUAUGUAAGUAUGUGAAUGUGUGCAUUUUACAUUCCAUAUGAAAAAAAUGCCACUUCUGUUUAAAUUAUUUGAUGUAGGUUUGGGUUUUUGAGAUUUGUUGGUGAAAUCAGUGAUGAAAAAUAAAAGAACCUUCCCUCGUCUCCUACCCUGUCCCUCCCUCUAAUGAAAUCAUACUAAGUUUUUUAUUUUUAUAAUAUUAUACAGCUUUUUUUAAGGCAUCAUUUUGGAGAGUCUAAAAUUAUCUGAUUAAACGUAAGUGAAAUUAAGUGAUCCAAAGCUGCUGAAGUAUGUUUGAGCUCUCCAGUGCUGUAAAGCAGCAGGAGUUGAAUUAGCCAUGCAGUCAUGUGGUACAGGUUGGCAAGGAGAUUGAUGGUUCAGUUAUACCUUCUUUAGAUAACCACACAUUCAAUUAACUAAUUAAACCACUGCAUUGGGACAUGUCUGCACUUGAGUAUCUGCAAUCUGAUACAGAUCUGAACACAGGAUUUUUCUGUAUCUGAAAACUUUGCUGUAUAUGAACUAUACUAAUUGAUAUAUUAAUUUUUUAUUUCAAGACUUUGUCUAAGCCUCAGCAUCAAGUUGAAGAAACCAAAUGAGCUCUACCCUCACGUUGCCUGCCCUAAUAUGGUCUCUCGUUUAAUCACUGGAAUUUCUUUCAUUUUGGCACUAAUGCUGUUUUCUCUUGUCUAAUUUGACACAGUAAUGGUAGUGAUAUGGUUGUAUUCAAUGUUGAUCACCUUUUUCUAAAGUGGGAAAUGAUACACAGUUUGGCAAAUGGGUAAAAUACUGUGGCAUAAGUUAUAUCUUUCAAAUAGAGAGGUUAUCAAUUUUAUACAAUCACUUGGUAUGGUCUGUGUCAAGAACCAAAAGACCAUUAUUCUUCUUGAAGUCAGUUUGAUUUUAACCCCAUAUGGUUGUCUCCAAUUUUUUUUCCUAUAAAUGCAGAUAGUUCAAAUGUAAGGGAAGAAAGUUUUCCUAAAACAGAACAUUAACAACCUUUAAGGUUGUUAAUACUUUAAGACCAUUGUAUAUAGAUUAAUCUUUAUAAAGCACUAGA